AUGAUCUUCACUACACGCUCCCUGUCUCUUUUGACGCUCACGCUCCUCGCGAUUUCCUCUUCCGUCGCCGCUGCUCCCGUGCAAUGCGAGCAAGCAUUGGCCGCGCGCAACCCCUCUGCCAUCGCGGAAUCGGUUAUCGCCAUCGAAGCUCGCGAUUUUGAACUUGAUGCUCGGGCGCAACGAAACAACCAAGCCAGCGCUCAGGCUCGUCGCAUCGGCACUUUGGCUUCCGCUGCUCGUUUCCAGAAGAACCUGAGCCGGCAGCAAGUCGCGACCAAGGCGGGUGUCAGCCUCUCCGCCGUUGCGGGACUCGAAGCCUUUGUUCUGCCUCCCCAAGCCACCCUCGACAAGAUUGGACGCGUUUUAGGUGUUCGUCUUGCUCGCCGCGAUGUUGAGGAGGAAGAGCAUGACCACGAAGACGACGAAGACGAUGUUCUUCAUGCUCGUGGGGACCGAAACAACCGAGCCAGCCCUCGGGCUCGUCGCAUCGGCACUUUGGCUUCUGCUGCUCGGUUCCAAAAGAAGCUUACCCAACAACAAGUAGCUACCAAAGCCGGUGUUUCGGUCUCCGCAGUUGCGGGACUUGAGAACUUUGUUCUCCCUCCCCAAGCCACCCUUGACAAGAUUGGGCGUGUUCUAGGUGUUCGUCUUGCUCGCCGCGAUGUUGAGGAGGAAGAGCAUGACUACGAAGACGACGAAGACGAUGUUCUUGAGGCCCGUGCGCAGCGAAACAACCAAGCCAGCGCUCGGGCUCGUCGCAUCGGCACCUUGGCUUCCGCUGCUCGUUUCCAGAAGAACCUGAGCCGGCAGCAGGUCGCGACCAAGGCGGGUGUCAGUCUUUCCGCCGUUGCAGGACUUGAAGCCUUCGUUCUCCCUCCUCAAGCCACCCUUGACAAGAUUGGGCGUGUUUUAGGUGUUCGUCUUGCUCGCCGCGAUGUCGAAGAGGAGGAACAUGAUCACGACGAAGAUGACGAAGAUGUUCUCGAGGCCCGUGCAGCCCGGACCGUCAGCCCUACUGCUCGUCGCAUUGGCACUUUAGCUUCUGCUGCUCGCUUCCAAAAGAAGCUUACCCAACAACAGGUAGCUACCAAAGCCGGUGUUUCGGUCUCCGCCGUCAAAGGCCUCGAAGCUUUCGUACUCCCCAACGCCGCUACUCUCAGCAAAAUCGGGAAGGUUUUGGGUGUCAGACUGGCUUAA